UUCAAUUCAAUUCAGUUUAUUUGUAUAGCCCUAUUUCACAAAUUACAAAUUUGUCUCGGAGUGCUUUCCAAUCUGUACACAUAAACAUCCCUGUCCCAAAACCUCACAUACUGAAAAACAAAGCACUAUAUAUAUUGUACCAAACACAAUUACGUAAUGACAUUUUACAGGAUUAGGCUCACUCAAUGCAUCCUUUAUGUGUGAAACAUAAUUAAAUUGUUAUUUUGAAAUGUUAUCCAGUAUAAUAAAGGCACAUGUAUGUAUUUGAUAUUGGUAUUUAUUUGUGAUAGUGAUCAUUUCAUAUGCUACUAUAUCACUACAAUUAUGUAAUUGUAUCAUAAAGUUUCACAUAUUUGGAAGCAUACACUUGUGUGUUAUGUCCACUGGAUUUUAAGGAAUUAAUAUGUACUUGCAAAAUAAUACCAUCAAUGUAUGUUUAAAGUAGUAGGAUUGUAAACAUCCUGGAGGGUGACAUUAACGCCCAUGGGGACAAUAAGAAUGUUUGCAAACAAAUGAGCAUCAACCGUGUAUAUAUGUUCCCUCAAUACAAUAUGAAUUGUUACUUCGGUGGGUAUUACACGCGUAUACAAAAAUGUCAUCUUAUUUUGAAAAUCUCACCCGGAAAUGUAUUGCGUAAUGAAAUAUAUUGUCGCGCUCUUUACACCCCACUUUCAGAGCGUCAACUCAUCAAACGUGAUUACUUUCAGCCGUGGACGUCGCAAACGCAGGAAAAAGAGCCCAUUAACAAGCCCCCUGCAGAUCCAGGUCCUCCAUCUGCUGCGGUGACCGGGGACCUUUACAGGAGAGGCUCGCUGGGACUUGUUUGCGUUCGAAACAUCAACGCAUCCACCACUAUAGGCUCGUGUGGCCGGCAGUCACGUUAACAUAACCUAGCUGCGGCCCACAGUUACAGAAGCGACUGAACAAUAUCUGGACCAGCUGCGGGCACCAGCAUGGCCUCUGCCACCUCGACCCCCGCUGCUGCCUCCAGCCGCCGAUCCGCCAGCCGCCGCGGCAGCCCAGCCGCCCCGUCCCGCAUGUACCGCAUCCAGGAGAAGGAUGAUCUCCGACGCCUCAACGACCGCCUCGCCAACUACAUCCAGCGGGUCCAGGAGCUGGAGAAUGAACGGUCCUCCAUAUUAUUUCAGCUAGAGGAGAAGGAAGAGUCGAAAAGCCGGGAGAUGGGCAACGUUCGGCGGCUGUACGAGGAGGAGUUGGCCGACGUCCGGAAGUCCCUGGACGGCCUGGCCGGAGAACGGGCCCGUUUGCAGAUCGACUAUGGAAACAUCUGCGAUGACUACAGGAAGCUCCAAGCCAGGAACCAGAAGAAGGAGGGUGACCUGGUGACAGCGGUGGCCCAGUGGAGGAAAGCAGAGGCCAGCCUCAGCUCCAAGGAUGCUGUGUUCACCAAGAUGCUGUCUGAGAACAGGAGGCUCACAGACGACCUCACCGAGCAGAACGGACAGCUGGAGAACGUAGAGGGAACACUGGCUGACACCAAGAACCAGCUGAGCUGUGAGAUCCUGAGAAGGGUGGACUUUGAAAAUCAGGUGCAGACACUCAAAGAACAGAUGGGACUCCAGAAGAAUAUCAGUGAGCAGGAGCUGUUGGAGAGCCGAAGCCGUCAUGAGAGUCUUCUAGUGGAGCUGGACUCUGGCCGGCGGAGAGAGUUCGAGAGUAAACUGGCCGAGACGAUGCAGCAACUACGCAAGGACCAUGAGUCUCAAGUGCACCAAUACAAAGAAGAGAUCGACAGGACCUUCAGUUCGAAGUUGCAGAAUGCCCAGCAGGCUGCAUUGGAAAACAACAAUGUUGCAUCAGCCACCAAAGACGAACUGGAAACCACCAAGCUCAGAGUGGAGAGCCUCAGCUCCCAGCUCCAGCAGUACCAGAAAGAUAAACUGGUCCUGGAGAGCCGCUUUCAAGAGCUGGAGAGGACUCUUGACGGGGAGCGGGAGGUUUGGCAACAGAGACUCAGUCAGAAGGAGCAGGAGCUGCUGACUUUGAGAAGCCAGAUGUUCGCCCAGCUGGAGGACUACGAGAGCCUGCUGGAUGUGAAGCUAGCUCUGGACAUGGAGAUCAAUGCCUACAGGAAGAUGCUAGAGGUCGAGGAGCAGAGAUUGCAGCUGUCACCCAGCCCUUCCCAGCACACAGCUAUAUCUCGAACUCACGAACACGGCAUCCGCAAGCUCAGAGGGAAGAAACGGAAACACGAGGGAGCGUCUGGACACUCGCCCGCCUAUAAAAUGUCCAGCCGCUCGGCAGAGCACGCUACCGUGAGCGUGGCGGAGGUCGACAUCGACGGUAGAUAUGUCCGACUGAAGAACAACUCUGAGGCGGAGCAGCCGCUUGGUGGUUGGGUGGUACGAAGGAUGUAUUCAGACUCGGGAGACCUCUCCUUCAACAUCCCUUCCUCCUGCAUCCUGGCUAGUGGGCAGACGCUGACAAUCUGGGCUGCAGGUGAAGAGGCGGAGGCUGUUUCUGGGGACCUGGUUCUGCAGGGCCACAGGAGCUGGGGCCCUGUCACUGAUGUGAGGGUGGUUCUUUUUGACCCCAACCAUGAGGAAAUGGCAGAGCACAGGGUCUAUAUGCAGGACAAAGGUGAAGAGGAGACUGACCUGGAGUUUGAUGAAGAAUAUGUCGUGGGCAGUGACAUCCAGCACUUUCGGAGACAGCCAAAGAGGAAGAAGAGGAAGUGUUGUUCUAUCUCGUGAGCGUGCUGUACAGGAUCUGUCUAAGGAGGCCAGCUGUGCCGUCAUGUGAUUGCUGCCGUCCGCUCUGACCUUCCAGCAUCGGCCUAAACCACAAACUCCUCUCUGCCAAACUACAGCAGGACUUUAACACGGUGGGCUGCCUGUGAAGUGCUUGGAUGCCUUGGAGCAACAGUAUCAACCUCAGUAUUCCUAUCUGUUUUUAUGGCUCUUCUGCAGAAGACGAGAUGUGGGCUUUGCCUUGAUUUGGUCGAAUUUUAAAUGUGUUUUGUCUGAAAUAAAACUGUUGACAUAAUAAAGUUAUUAACAUGGUGCUGUCAGGCACCUGCCUCAAAGUAUUAAGACUGUUCAUUACAAAAUGCAUUUUGACAGGAACAAUGACACUUGAUAUACCAAUUUAAUAGCAGGAGGAAGUAGGAUGGAAAAGAUGAGAAUUUCACUGCACUUAAAUGACGUGACACUUUUUGUUUUUUUAAUCGAUUUAACGUGUAGAUAAUGAGCAGUGACACGCUUGACGCUGUGUAAAGUGUGUUUUUAUUCCUUCCACAGUUGCGGCAACAUUUAAGUCUCCAAGGAGUCUGGUGUACUUAUGCUUGAGAAAGGAUGCAUUUCUGUACCAUUUAGAGCCUUUCGUGCAACUGUGCUUCAUGUGGAUGAAAGCAAUUCAUUAAAAGAGACAUGUGCUGUCACACUCUGGAGUGCCUACCAACCCACAAUCUGUAAACGCAAGCUCCCCAUGAUCAGAAAACAGGCGAUUCAACAAGCCAUUCGGAUAAAUACCUGGAUCGCCACAUCGUCCAAAAUGCUUUGUCCAGGAAAUGAUACUUAUUCUAAAUGUAGAAUAAAAAAGUACUUUACGUAAUUCAGAAUUGGCAGCCUGGAAGAGCUUCUACAAUAAUACGAGUCUGCUGUAGUUCUCUCCAUUAGGGAGACGUUUAUUCACUGAUCACAAGCAAAGUACAAAUGCUCACCUGCGAUCACACGGGGAGCUCUCAACAGAGGCCCAGAAACCCACACUCCUCCUUAGUGUAACGGAGUUAGAAAUACAUUGUUAUUUCUUGUUUUCAAUGUGUUGUAUUUUUGUUUGUUGUUCAACAAUAUUGUUGAGUGUUUGUGAAUUUUAUUUUAAUGAGCCAUUUUUAUUUAAUUUAGCGGUAUUUUUACAAUUCUGUUACCUGCGGAAAUUGCUUUCCAUCUAUUGCACUUCCUGUUCCUGAGUCCGUCUCUCCCUCACAAUGGUCUGGUAUUGCUGACGGUGAGUCGAGUGGAAAAUUGUCGCACUGUUUUGGCUCUGUUCUUUAAUGAAAAGUGACCAGUUAUGUUACACACGUUAACGGUCGCUGAUACGAUCACGGUGUCCAGCUGUUGUGUGAUUUGAACGGUCAAAGUAAACGUUUUGUGACGGUCUCAUUGAGCCACUUUGGCGCCGUUUGUCUGGCCACAUCCGGUCGCCCCGACGUCUGUUUUCCCUGUAUAAAUGUUGUUUUGUUUGUAUAGGAAGUGCAAAGACGGACCAGAAGGCAAUAAGUGUGUUUCAUUGUCUUCUGCAGGUAUGUGUUUCCCUUUUGUUCAAGGUUGGAAUUUUCGUUGGUUCUGUUUAAAUUACUUUAGCUCAUGCAGUUAUUUGUUUUGUCCAUUGGGGGUCGCUGUUUUCCCCUUGUAUGUUACAUGUUUUUGAUAAAUUGUUAUUUGUGUUGAGUGUGGUCCUGUCUCCCACACAAUGGUCUGGUAUUGCUGACGGAAGUGCAAAGACGGACCAGAAGGCAAUAAGUGUGUUUCAUUGUCUUCUGCAGCAUAAAUAAAUGCUGGGAAAAUCCAC